AUGACUGCUCAACCAAAGAAGAGGACUAUUGUGGAAAGUGGAGAUGGAGGUCUCGGUUUGGGCCUUGCUACAUUUACUGCAAAUGGUGAGGAUUUGGGUCCCAUCAUUCGUCACUCGUUUGACUCUGGGAAACCUGAAGCGCUCAUGCAGAACCUUAGAAGCAUUGUGAAGAAGAAGGAAGUUGAGAUUGAAGAGCUAUGCAGACUUCACUAUGAGGAUUUCAUCCUUGCUGUCGACGAACUACGCGGCGUGUUAGUCAAUGCUGAUGAGUUAAAGGGCAUGCUAUCUGGCGAGAAUUCACACCUGGGAGGCCAUAACAACGUUGAAGAUAUGUGUCAAGAUAGCAUUGAUAAAGCUGCAAAAGAGAAGAAAGUCUGUAGUGAGUUCAAUGAUUGGCUUGUUCAUAUUAGAAGAAUGGCCAAGCAGAUUGGCCAGGCCUCCAUAAGCCAGGCAUCGUUAGCUCGCCAAAAGGAUGAGGAAAUGCGUGCCCGACAGAGGGAAGCUGAAGGGCAUAGUCAUGCUGGACCAGAUGAGCAUCUGUAUACCUUGGACCUGGAGAAUACAGAAGAGGAAUCAGCACUACAUUUUGAUCUGACACCAGUUUAUCGGGCGCAUCACAUGCACACAUGUCUUGGUAUUGGUGAGAAGUUCAGAGACUAUUACUAUAAGAAUAGGCUCAUGCAACUCAACUUGGACAUGCAAAUUUCCACUUCACAGCCCUUCUUAGAGUCCCAUCAACCCUUUCUUGCACAAGUAGCUGGAUUUUUUAUAGUUGAAGAACGCGUUCUUCGAACUGCAGAUGGAUUGUUGUCGGAGAGUCAAGUGGAAACAAUAUGGGAGACAGCUAUUGGCAAGAUAACUUCUAUACUGGAGGAACAGUUCUCUCGCAUGCGUACAGCCAGCCACUUCCUUCUGAUAAAAGACUAUGUCACUCUUCUAGGCGCAGCUGUGAACAAGUACAGUUAUCGAAUCACACAGUUGAUUGAAGUUCUUGAGAAAAGUAGGGACAAAUACCACCAGUUGCUUCUUGAAUGUCGGAAGCAGAUAGACGACAUCCUUACUAAUGACUCGUAUGAGCAGAUGGUUAUAAAGAAGGAAUAUGAGUAUAACAUGAAUGUGACAGCAUUUCAUCUGGAACACGAUGAUGCAAUCCCUGAUUUCCCAUAUGUGACGCCAUUCUCCUCUUCUGUUCCAGAUGUGUGUCGAAUUGUCCGGUCCUUCAUCGAGGAUUCUGUUAGCUACUUGUCAUACGGUGGUCUCAUGAACAUCUAUGAUGUGGUGAAAGCAUUCCUAGACAGGUUGCUAAUUGAGGUUGAUGAGUUCAUGGUGCUCCUGGAAGGGGUCAACUGGAUAGCAGAAGUAGCCCCAGACAAUUCAAAUGACUAUGUGAAUGAGGUUCUGAUCUAUCUUGAAACAUUAGUAUCGACAGCACAAGAGAUUCUACCUUUGGAAGCUCUAUACAAGGUGGUUUCUGGUGCAAUGAGCCACAUCUCAGACUCUAUAAUGACCACACUUCUAAAUGAUGGUGUGAAAAGAUUCACUGUCAAUGCAGUUUUAGGAAUUGAUAUUGACUUGAAGAUGCUGGAAGCAUUUGCAGAUGAGAAAUUUGACAGCACGGGGCUGUCAGAUUUGGGAAAGGAAACAACUUUCAGAGAUUGUUUAGUUGAAAUUAGGCAGCUCGUAAAUCUCCUGCUCAGUAGCCAGCCUGAGAAUUUUAUGAAUCCGGUGAUCAGGCAGAGAAACUACGGAUCACUAGACUACAAGAAGCUGUCCAUCAUUUGUGACAAGUACAAGGAUUCUGCAGACAGUCUGUUUGGAAGCCUUUCAAACCGUAAUACCCAUCAGAGCGCCCGUAAGAAAUCUAUGGACAUUUUGAAGAGAAGGCUUAAGGAUUUUAGUUAA